UAAUUUCUAUAGUGUGUGCAGCAAACACAGAUUCGUACCUGUAGAUUUAUCAAUUGUCGUAAUGGAACUAUAUUGCGUUUGAAACAACCUCAUGGGACUGUUCUCAUGAGGGAAUGCAGACCUUACGUUAGUCAUAUCCUGUUAAUAAAUUCACUAAUAGCUUGAAAACGCCGAAAAAAGGGUUCAAAUGGAAAUUCAAGUGUCCACUGCGAGUGUAAUAAUUCAUCACGCCUCAGCCGCGUUGACGCAAAAUGACGUGGGCAUCUCAAACUCGUUUAAAACAGGAGUGGGUAAUAAAUAAUCUGCGGUUUAUAAGGUUUAUUGUCGGAGUGCGAACUGUACGUGACCAGGGUUUGCAUCCAGUACAUCCCUGUGAUGAUUUAGACUUCGCUUUAAACUUACAGUGCCUCUCUCAAGGCGUUCACUCACACACAUUCGCUCGGGUCUAUGCAGUGAUAGUGACUCUGAGUGCGCGGGACAGUGAUGAUGUGUCAGCGAAGAAUAUUCACGUUCUGAUCAUUUUCCCGCUCCUGACUUCAACAUUCCAUCAAGAACCGUUAAUUAAAUACUAAAGUGAGUUCGUUUAACCGGUUAUGGAGCACUGUGGAGCGAAAAUGUCUCUGCUGAAGAAAGUGAGGACCGGAGUCGUGUCGAGGGUGUGCAAAUGAUGUGGGCUGUUUGGGUCUUCACUGAACUCUGCACCAGAUCCCAUGGGAUCUAUUUUCGAAUAAACACCUCAAUGCCCCAAACCCAGGUUUCAGGCUAACGCUGAGACGACCUGAGCUUCGCCCAACCCAUUUGAUUAAUUUUCCUCUUCAAUGCCAUCAUGCCAAUCAUCAGCAACGCCAAUCAUGACUUCAGCAACCUCUCGGUCAGUGACGACAGCAGUUUGGACCACAUCUUUACCGAGAUCCCGGAAACCGAGACCAUCAAGGGAGUUUAUUAUCAGCGCGCUCAGUUCAUUCGCCGAACGGAAGAUCUGCUUUCGGUGGACCAUGGCCUACAGGCCCUCAUCAACGUGGGCGGCAACCGUUACACCUUCCCUUGGAGUACGUUGGAGCAGUUCCCCUUAACGCGUUUAGGACGUCUAAAACCCUGCAGCAGUCCUGAGGAGAUUGCUUGUGUUUGCGACGAUUACGAUGAGGCACGCCGUGAAUUCUUCUUUGACCGUAGCCCCAGUGCGUUCCGUGUAAUCCUCAACUUCCUUGCAGCAGGAAAGCUACGUUUGUUACGGGAGAUGUGUGCGCUCUCGCUGCAUGAGGAGCUCAACUAUUGGGGCGUGGAGAUGGCCUACAUGGAACGUUGCUGCAAGCGUAAGAUGUACACUCGCAUUGACGAGGUCGCCGAGCUUGAACGACGGGAGGAGGAACGUCGUCAACGCAGUAUGCAGCUGCGCCCUCCUGUCGAGGAGACGCGUUACCGAAAGUUCAUGAACAAUUUGAGGGACAUGGUGGAGAACCCUCAAUCAGGCUUGCCGGGAAAGCUGUUCGCCUGUUUGUCUGUGUUGAUGGUGGCGGUGACAGUGAUCAGCCUGUGCAUCAGCACCAUGCCAGACCUCAGAGAGGAGGAGAAUAGGGGUGUGUGCUCCCAGAAAUGCCAACACAUGUUCAUCAUUGAGACGGUUUGUGUGGCCUGGUUUUCCCUGGAGUUUGUGCUACGAUUCGUGCAGGCGCGCAGCAAGCUGGAGUUCCUCCGUGGACCCUUGAACAUCAUCGAUGCCAUGGCCAUCCUGCCCUACUACGUGUCUCUGAUAGUGGACGAGAACCCCACCAGUGAACAUGAGCGACCCUCUGGAGGUAAGGGCUACCUGGACAAGCUCGGGUUGGUACUGCGGAUCCUACGUGCUCUUCGGAUCCUGUACGUGAUGCGGCUGGCCCGCCACUCUCUGGGCUUACAGACGCUGGGGUUGACGGUGAGGCGAAGCACACGCGAGUUCGGCCUGCUGCUGCUGUUUCUCUGCGUAGCCGUGACGCUCUUUUCGCCUCUGGUGCACCUGGCGGAAAGCGAGCUGACUGGAGCACAGGACUUCAGUAGCAUUCCCGCCUCUUACUGGUGGGCGAUCAUCUCUAUGACCACAGUGGGUUAUGGAGAUAUGGUACCUAGGAGCAUACCUGGUCAGGUGGUGGCGCUCAGCAGCAUCCUGAGUGGGAUCCUAAUAAUGGCCUUCCCGGCCACUUCCAUCUUUCAUAUGUUUUCCCGCUCCUACCAGGAGCUGAAACAGGAGCACGACAGGCUGUUUAAAGAGGAGUGUGCGGCAGCCGCAGCUGCCACCGCAGGAACCGAGGACGAGCAGGAUGGAGGAUGGGUGGCCUUUCCUCCUCCCAGACUAGUUCUAACUCCAGACACAGAGACGCCGGGCUCCUACGAAGACGUUUCUCUUCUCGGGAAUGGCGGAGAGACUUCUGGGAAUAACAAGCACCUGUUACCAGCUGGAGCCUUUUAAAGAGAUGCACAUGCAUUGUACUCUUCUAGAUCAAACUUAUUCUUCCAAGCCCUCAUACUGAAUUUUCAUAGACGACUCUGUCUAAAGAGUUCAAGGGCAUUGAAGCUAUUUUGUCUUCCAUCAGCUACAAGCUGAUCAUUAAAGUACUGUUUCCUUCAUAUUCACACUGUGGACUUGUCAGAAUUAGCACUUCAUGAAAAUCCAUGCAAUAGAAAUAAAUAAAGCUAUAUAGUUUAACUUUAACGCCUUGUUAGACACACAGGAGAUACAUUUAGGUUCCUCAAAUUGACUCUGCAUUUUUGAAACAAAUCCAAAGAUGUGCUUUAUUGUUGACUCUUUCAGAUUCAAAAAUUGCUCUUCCAGAAAACGUGCACAUAAAAUUUCCCAGCACCAGUUUGGGACAGACAUGCUCUUGUACAGCUCCAAAUAAAACAGCAGUAAUCUCAAUGUCAUGUUCUUUUUUUAGGGUUCAUAGAAGGAUUUUCUAAUCCUCUUCUUUGAAGCGCUUAAUCAUUAGACAGUCACCCUGUUCUCUUCUUUUCAUUUUACGAAACAGCACAUGUGCCCCUACCAUCUGCCAGCUUUGACAUGCAGCAGUUACAGAAUGAUGAGUCUAUGAUUGUUUUGGUUUUUAUUGCUAGAGUUGAGAUUCAGCCAUGUUGUGACCAGUGUUGGGCAUGUUACUUUUUUAAAAAAGUAAUCAGUUACUAGUUACUUUUCACAAAUGUGACCCUGGACCACAAAACCAGUCAUAUGGGUACAUUUUUCAAAAUUGAGCUUUAUACAACAUCUGAAAGCUGAAUAAAUAAGCUUACCAUUGAUGUAUGGUUUGUUAGGAUAGAACAAUAUUUGGUCGAGAUACAACUAUUUCAGUAUAUGGAACCUAAGGAUGCAAAAAAAAUCUAAAUAUUGAGAAAACCGCCUUUAAAGUAGUGCAAAUUAAGUUCUUUGAAAUGCAUAUUACUAAUCAAAAAUUAAGUUUUGAUAUAUUUACAGUAGGAAAUUUACAAAAUAUCUUCAUGGAACAUGAUCUAUACUUAAUUUUUCUAAUGAUUUUUGGCAUAAAAGAAAAAUCUAUAAUUUUGACCCAUUCAAUGUAUUUUUGGCUAUUGCUACAAAUAUACCCCAGCAACUUAAAACUGGUUUUGUGGUCCAGGGUCAUAACUGAGAUAAAUUAUUAUAAAAGUAACUAAUUACCAGGGAAAGUAACUAUUGUGAAAGUAACCUCAACAAGGUCAAUCUAGUUUACAUUGUCUUCAUCGUUUCUUGCUGAUUUCCCCACAGGAGAGUCUCUUGCCCCCAGGUGAAGAGCUUCUCUGUAUAAGGUCAAAAAAUUGUCCCACUGCCCAAUGCUUGCAGCUGGUUGAGGGUAAGAAUCUCAAUGAGUCUGGGAAUUAAACAUGCAAUAAAUUCAUAGAGAUAGAAAGUCCUUCCGGAGUCAGACUCUGUGACGGACAUUGCUUUGUCAACAAAUUUGCACCUCUAAUCCAAUUAUUCAUUCAUGUUGCAUCAGAUGUUCCAUAAACGGCCUUGCUGCCGCACCGAAAGUCCCAGAAGACUGAGUCAUGGAUUGAAAAAGGUACAGAGGAAAAUGAGCGGCUUUGAUGGACCAAUCAAAUUACACGUGUAGCUUUUCCCUGGAUUAACCAGCUGGUUGAAUCAUUAAAUGGACAUCAGCUUGUUCUUGAUGUAAAGGUUAAACCUGUUUAUCACUUGUUUUUCUUUCAUGAUAGACACAAGCAGAGCCAGGUUCAGGUCUCAGAUGGUGCAGGGGCAUCUCAGUCCACUAGUAAGUACCCAGAUAGUCAGCAAUUUCUGUCAAAUCAUUAUGAUUAUACUAGAAGUUUCAUCUUUAUUCUCAUGAAAACUGCUGCAGUAAAGCUAAACAAAUGCCAGCAAAUGAUAAAUUGUGACCCUGGACCCCAAAACCAGUCAUAAAGGUCAAUUUUUUGAAACUGAGAUUUAUACAUCAUCUGAAAGCUGAAUAAAUAAACUUUCCAUUGAUGUUUGGUAGCAUAGGAGAGUAUUUGGCAGAGAUACAAUUAUUUGAAAAUCUGGAAUCUGAGGGUUCAAAAAAAUCAAAAUACUAAGAAAAAACCUUAGAAGUUGUCCAAAUUAACUUCUUAGCAAUGUAUACUACUAAUCAAAAAUUAAGUUUUGAAACAUUUAUGGUAGGAAAUGUACAAAAUAUCUUCAUGGAACAUGAUCUUUACUUUAUAUCCUAAUGAUUUAUGGCAUAAAUAAAACUUGAUAAUUUUGA